UCUCACUCCCCGCUCUACCACCAUGCCUUCAUUCCAACUUCCCUCGGACAAUAGUCCUAGCCACCACGUCAGCAGCUCCAAGGGCCACUCUCAGCACCUGGGACUUAGUGAGAAUCCUCUUAAGGACCCUGUUACUCCAGGCACGGUAACUGCUGCCAGUCGUGUGAGUGACAAUCCUUGGAACAGCUUGCCUCUGAGCCAAUCGCAGCACCUGCCCCGCCUCUCGCCCAGAGACCCCUGGAACGUCCUGGGGAAGGACUGGGAGGGAAGGGAGGAGGGGGAGGGCGAGGUGGAGGAGGGAAACCCAACCGCCGGGUGUCAUUAUCUGGGACCAGAGGAGGUUGAGUGCGAGUGGGAUGGUGCAUGGGAUGGUAGGGGCCAGGGGGCAGCACGGUGAGUUGGAGCGUGGGGUGCAUGGGGAGCAUGGCUAUGUGGGAGAUGUUACAGGGGUUCAGGCAGCAAAGGUUGCUGCAGCUCUGGCUCGGGCUGCUGGGGGUGCUGAUGUGGCUGGGG